CGGUGCCUGCAGCCGGCUGCCUCCAUGGCAGUCCUCCCGCGACCCUAAGCCAUAUGUGAUGCACUCUCUUCAACACGGUGUGAACCUCUCGCGGCGGGCGUGUACGGCCCUGCUGCUGGUAUGGCUAGUGGGGGCGGCUGUGGGGCUGCCCAAGCCCCCGGACCACGCGUCCGAUACUGUCGUGCACCCCCCGGUCAACCGCGCCGCCAACACGCGCGACAUGGACAGCCUUUAUAUGGCCACGACGACGGGCAAAGCCGUCGUGGAGGAGUCUCUUGCCUCCUCCACGCCGAGCCCCUCGAAACAACCCCAGAAGAAGGAAGUGGAGAGGUACCCCGUCAUUUCUGUCUCUUUUCAAAGAGUGGAAACGCCGUUUAUUAUUGGACUGUGGAUUUUCUGUGCGAGUUUGGCUAAAAUUGGUUUUCAUAUGGCCCCAAAAUUAAGUGAAAUAUUCCCCGAGUCAUGUCUCCUAAUAUUCGUAGGAGUGGCGAUUGGAGUCGUUUUGGUCCACGUUACUGACAGCGUCCAUAUGUCGCCGCUUACACCAGACACUUUCUUUUUUUACAUGCUUCCUCCAAUUAUUCUGGACGCUGGCUAUUUUAUGCCUAAUCGACUAUUUUUCGAUCAUUUAGGCACGAUUUUAUUAUUUGCCGUCAUUGGGACUAUUUUUAACACAUUUACCAUAGGUGCUUCCUUGUGGGCAGUAGGACUGACAGGCCUGUAUUCCUGUGAUACCCCGCUGUUGGACAUGUUCCUCUUUAGUUCGCUGAUAUCUGCGGUGGAUCCAGUGGCAGUGUUGGCAGUUUUCGAAGAGAUUCAAGUUAACGAAAUAUUAUACAUAGUGGUGUUUGGUGAAUCACUUUUAAAUGAUGCCGUCACUGUAGUGUUAUACCACCUUUUUGAGUCUUAUACCGAAAUGGGCCUAGAAAACAUCAUCUACCAAGACAUUGUGGCCGGUAUUGGCAGUUUCUUCGUAGUGGCUAUUGGUGGUACUGUGAUAGGUGUGAUAUGGGGACUUGCGACGGGUUAUGUUACAAGAUUUACCAAUGAAGUGCGUGUCAUAGAACCUAUUUUUAUAUUUGUUAUGGCCUAUUUGGCGUAUUUAAAUGCCGAAAUAUUUCAUAUGUCUGGAAUUUUAGCAAUUACAUUUUGUGGUAUAACAAUGAAGAACUACGUGGAGGCAAACAUAUCACACAAGUCUCACACGACAAUAAAAUACACCAUGAAAAUGCUUAGCAGUUCGUCGGAAACUAUCAUUUUCAUGUUUUUGGGUGUGGCGACUGUAAGUUCGUACCAUGUCUGGAACACAUGGUUUGUUGUACUCACAAUUCUAUUUUGCUCAGUUUAUAGGGUAUUAGGUGUAAUAAUAUUCACAGCAAUAGCGAAUCGUUUUCGAUUACAUCAGCUAAGUCAAGUGGAGAAAUUCGUGAUGUCGUAUGGGGGCUUACGAGGGGCUGUAGCCUUCGCUUUGGUGCUUUUAAUCAACCCCGAAAUAGUGCCACUUCAGCCAAUGUUUAUGACGACGACGAUUGCUGUUGUCUACUUUACUGUGUUCUUCCAGGGUAUUACGAUAAAACCUUUGGUAAAAAUUCUUAAUGUCAAGACAUCAGAGAAACGAAAACCGACAAUGAAUGAAAGAAUUCACGAAAGGUUGAUGGAUCACGUUAUGGCGGCGUUGGAAGAUAUUAUGGGUCAACACGGGAAUUACCACAUUCGAGAUAGAUUCAAACACUUUGAUAAUAAAUUUAUCCGACCGUAUUUGCUGAGAAACCAUCAAGGUGCCGAACCAAAAAUCUUAGAAACUUACUCGAAAUUAGCAAUGAGGGACGCCAUGGAAUAUAUGCGUAGGAACGCUUCCACCAUAGGUAACAUUUCUGGUACAGAAAGCAUGUCCGCUAUUUUCAAGAAUUAUACGGCGGGCAACCUCAAUGGCAGGUGCGCUACCACAUUACAAACUUGUACUAGUUUUAGUCAUCUAGAUUCGAGUUCGUGGAACGUAGACAUGCAAGAAUUGGAAUACAACCCUUCUAAGAAAGACUUAACAGAUGCCAAAAUUCAUCAUUUGUUAGCCGAAGAAUUGGUCAAACCUGCCAGAAGGCAUCGUCGUCUUAGUUACAGCAGACAUGCUGUCAACGAUCGAGAUCUCUCGACUCAAGUCAAUUAUCGGAUGCAUUUUAACAUGAGACGCUUGGUGGCCGACAAGAAACACCACCAUAAAAGGCACAGUAAGAAGAUGAGUAAAGACGGUAAGCAAAACCAUGUGAGUUUCCCCGAAUUUCAGCAAAAUGGAACUGCCAAACAAUUUUCACACGAUUACAUAAGUGAGGUAUUACACGAGGAUGAUACUGAGCCUAAGUCGACCAAAGAGGACUGGGAUAGUCCUAUUACCUUUACUGCAAAAUCGUCUCCAAGCACGGAAACGGAUGUGAGUGGAACGUUUGCUAGUCAAUUAGUUCCACUAAUGGGAACCAAAAGUAAAAAACCGACUGCAGCUGAGGAUUGUCUCCCUUGGCGAAGGGAGUUUUCUAAUGUUAAUGUUACAGAUGAGAGUAUUUUCUCAGAUACAGGAAAACGCAUGUCAAGAGGUUCCAUAGAUGGAGGAGAUUUAAUGCGCGUCACGACGCCCACGGCGAUUGAAACAAUGCUACCUUGGAAACGUGAGGAGGAAGAAGGUUCUGUACCUUUACAGCAAUCCGAAUUUCCGGCGUGGGCGUCCAAUAAAGAAUAUUUAGCUUACAAUUCGCCGUCUGCAACGUUUUUAGGGGGCCUCGAAAAUCCUCGUUCGUCUGUGAUUGGGCUUUUCCGGCGGGAAAGCCUCGGCUCGGAGCAUUUAAGCAGUUCAGAAUCAACCCCUCAGAAAGAGCGCCGGGGCUCAUUAGGGCGCAACGCCGUUCUGCUCAUAGAAGAGGGCGAAAGCGACCCUUUGGGUGUGCUUCACAAAACUGGCACCAUUCCACCUCUUCCUCAACCACCCCAAACGCCAGGACAACGGAGACAAGCCCGUCGCGGUUCCAUGCUGGAACUAAGCGGGUCAAUUACCCGUGAUACAAUACCUGAAGAAACUUUUGGGAGUUCUCAUAGGAGACAAUCUUGGUUCACUCAGUCACGGUCUUCUCGUCCUAGUAUUUCAAAACAGCAAACAAUAGGAAGCGCACUAAUGGGAAACGUAUCAUCUCCAUCACCAUCCAUAACUGAUGAUAGUUCAGCUGAUGAAGACAUUGAAUGUCUGAUGAAAGCAGGAUUUCUUAAAAGUGAUAUCUAAAAUACUGAUUUAUGUGUUACAAGAGUAUUUUCGCAAAAUAUAGACUUUUUAAGGAAACAAACAACAAAUUUCGUUUAUACUGGUGAUUCACGGUGUUUUUAAAAUAAAAUAUAUGAUAAACAAGUACUGAUAAAUUUGGCUAAUUUUUUGUAAAAACAUGACUUGCUUAGUCUAGAGUACGGAGAACUAGAUACUAGGAGACGAAACAAGAUAUUUUGGACCAAAAAAAGUAGUACGGCGGAGUACAAAUGAGGGCGCUUGGAGCGUUUUACCAUCUUUAUAUUCUUAAUAAACUGUGAAAAACUAAAUUUUUCGCGAGAAAUAUGUGAAUUUUUUUUUUUUAAUUUAAAAUCUGUGCUCCGUUUCAUGUUUUUCAAAAUGCUGCGAAAACGGUUGAAGAUACAAAAAAAAUGUAAGAAAGAAAGUUGUAGAGAAUAAAAUUUUCUACUAAAAAGUCCUCAAGAUCAUACCUCUAUCUUUAAUGGUUUAAGCCUCAAAGACGUUCAAAGCCGCUGAAGCCACAUUUUUACUGAUGAUUCAGUGCCAGAGGAACUCUUUAGUAAUUUAAACCUAAACCGUUGAAGAUAGAAAUAUGUUCUCGCGGACUUUUUUGUAGCAAAUUUUAUUCUCUACAAUUUUGUUUUUUACACUUUUUUUGUAUCUUUAACCGUAU